AUGCCCUCUCUCUUGGAGAACACCUCAACUGUAAAUAUGAACAACAGCCAUUUUCUAGAACCUUUCAAACCCACCAAUGUGAGCAUCACCAUCCUUAUCUUGGUGGCUUUUCUGAUGGGGACAACUGUGAAUGGGCUCUUCCUUUGGAUGCUGGGGCUGAGGAUGAAGAAGACAGUCAACACCUUUUGGUUCCACCACCUGAUCCUCACCAACUUGAUCUCCUGUCUCAUUCUGCCCUUCUUUGCUGUCUACGUCCUUCAUGAUUUCCACUGGAUUCUAGGGACCGUUGUGUGCAAGAUUAUAAAAUCCUUAUUUUCAAUGGUCAUGUUCACUACUGUUUUUCUUCUCACCACCAUCAGCCUGGACCGGUACUUCUUCAUCUGCUAUCCUGUUUGGUCUCGGCAGUACCGUACAAUUCCCAGAGCAAAGAGACUGGUCACUGGGUUAUGGCUCAGCUCCAUAACCCUGAGUAUUCCCAGUUUGGUUCUUCUGGAGACUCAAGAGGUGCAGAACAAGAUGCAGUGUGAUUACACUUUUGUUUUCUCCAAAGAUGCAUCCUUUCACUUAGCUUUCUUCCUGGUUCAGUUCCUGCUAGCCUUCCUGCUUCCUUUCCUCACCAUGCUAAUAUGCUACUGUUGGAUCGGUUUUGAAUUGAAGAGGAAGCACUUGGUGAAGACCGGGAAACCUUUCCGAAUCCUGGUGACUGCAGUGGCAUCGUUUUUCAUCUCCUGGCUUCCCUACCACUUCUACAAUGCUUUUCAUUCUUUUCGGAUAGCAUCAGAAAGAACGAAUCAGAUUCUAUGGGAUAUUGCCGCUGCUGGAGGCUGUUUCAAUAUUUGUUUCACCCCCAUUGUUUAUCUCUUUGUUGGGGAGAAGUUCCAUCAGGUUUUCAAGAUGCCUGUGAUUUCCCUGUUUAGUAAAUACUUUGAGGAUUAUCCUAGGAUUCCUGGGGAGAAUACCAACACUGGGCAGGAGCUUGACCAUAGCCAUGGAGAAACAACCAGAAUGCAAAGCUGA